AAAGUACGUACUUUAUGAAUUAUCGUCUUUUUCAUAGAAUAUGGCUACGCUUUUUUUGAUAAAUACACAUCUCUUUUGAAAUGUUUAAGUGAACAUCAUUUUUACAAAAUUAUUUUGUUAGAGACACUGCCAAAUCUUUAGUUUUACAUAUCCGAUAAUUUACUCUAAUGGCACCAAAAGGAAAGAAAUCGAAGAAGCAGCGUGAAAUCGAUUGGGCGGCCGAUGCUUACUUCGACAAGAACCGCUCAAUGAUCUACAUCGAACACACGUUAGAGUGCCCGAUAUUCACGACGAAAGCUGAGGAGUUUGCCGCUUAUGUAGCCCAAGAAGCGCCAAAUCGCAUCAUACAGUUGGUACGGAAUCAUAACGGCAAAGUGCCGCCAAGGGAUGGUGCUUUCGAGAUUGGAUUUUCGCAGAACGCGCGCACCUCCGUGCAUCAGCUGUGGUCCGGCAUUGACAAAGGUCCACCAAGGCGUGACAAAUUCCCACCGGAUUACGAGUCUCUCAUGCAAGAAAUACAUAAGAUUUUGAAAAAAUUCUAUCCCGAUGUAGUGGAAAAGAACCCCUUGGAGGGCAUGGAGGACGACGACGCUGCGCCGGCGUAUGAGUGAAAGCGCUUAAAAAUUUGUUAAAGCAACAAAAACAUUCAGUGUGAAUAAUUUAUAAUCCAUGACUUUCGAAACUAUCCAACAACAAUAGUGAAACUUUGCAAGCCAAUCAAAUGCCCUUCCGAUGGGGUUUUUUCUAAAGAACAGUUUGAACACCAGUCUAACAGUUUGAGUGACUAUAAGUAAUUCAAAAGUCAUCAGCAAGUUUCAGCUUUUCGCCGCCAGAUGGCGCAACAGCAGCGUCAAGCGUUGCCACUACAAAAUCUUUAUAUUUAUAAUAUAAAAAUGCUUUUACAUUUGCAAUAAAAUAAAUUGCGACAGACACCAAAUAUGUACACGGUUAGCCAUUACUUUUACAGUUACGUGCCUUUGUGACCCCUUUGUCUUCUCACCCAAACUUAUUUUUAUGCAUCAAAUCAAUUUUAAGAAUUUGACGACACUGGCAACGCUGCAAAGCAGAAAGAAACUCAAAACAUGGCCGACAAGCAAUCACUCGUCACUCGCCACUCGCACUCGUUUUCUGUAGCUCGUUGUGAGUGGAUUUACCUGGAGUGUGUGACGGCGCUUUUCCAAGUGAUUUUCUCUAUUUGUGAAAAGAAUUCUAGAAAAUUAAUGAAUUCCUCAAGAAAUUUUGUGCUGUGAUGUGCAUAUGAAAGCAUCAACAACUAAUUACAUCGAAGAGUUCAAUAUUAAUUGUGCGAAAGCACUCACGGCCGCAGCUAUCCACUUAAGUGCAGUGUAGCAACAACAAUCACAUUAGAGUGCUAUUAAAAAGUAUAAAAUUGAGAAUAAUUUCUGAUUUUCAUAGCUACAUUUUUUUGGAGUCAAAAGCAAUUCAUCUCGUUAAACGCCAGUUUCGAGUUGAGCUGUGCGCACUACGAAAUUAUAAGAACAACUAGCAUAGUUGGGUGC